AUGUCUUGGGAUCAACAAGAUCACUUUAAGAAUUAUUAUUACUAUAUUUGUACUAAUCGUACCUAUAAAAUAUCAUACCAAGCUUUAUUUAGAUGGGAAUAUGCUGAAUUGUUUGAAAAGAAUCAAUACCUUGUUGGAAAACAAUAUUAUCAAAAAUCAUUAAAUAAUACAUUUAAACCAAUUGCAGCAAUUGAAGCAAUUGGAUUAAUAAUGUGUCUAACAAGUAUCAUGACGAUGAUCAUUUAUUUAAUGAAAAAAAGACAAGUACAGCAGACUUGGAAACAACCAUCUCAACCAUCCCCACCAUCAUUUUUAAUAACAAAAAUAGUAUCAUCAGUAUCUUUAUUAUCCAUCAUCUUUUCAAUUAUUUAUUUUUCAAUCACCAUUGCAAAUAAUCUAAGUAAAGAUGAUUAUUGGUGUAAAAAUAAUAAUGAAAGUGAUAGUUUAAAUAUUAAUAAUUAUAAUCUUGAUGAUUAUUGUUUUAAACAUUUUUCAGGAAAGAGUAAAGAUGGAACUUUAACAUGGGGUCCAGAUACAGGAUGGUAUUUAUUAUUUCCAUUGGCAGUUUUUCAAUUAAUAGGUUUAUUCUUUUCAAUCAAAAUUGGAAAUCAUUUUAAAAACUCUGGAUCAAAAGGAGGAGGAGGUGAUUAUGAAUUGGUUCAAUUUAAACCUUUAAAAUAA